CUACCUUCCUCAAAUCUAAAUAUUGAUACUUUGAACCGGUAGACGUGACGUAAACUUAAGUUAAUAGUCUAUAAUUUGUCUUUUAAAUUAUCAAAUAAUCCGGUUUCCAGACAAAAUGUUUAAUAUUUUAAUUUUGUGAAAAGUCUUAAAAAUUAUUGUUUAUUUUUGGCUUUUUUUUCUGGGAUAAGAAGAAAAACCUUUAAAACUUUCAACAUAUUGUACAUAAACUGUACUGUACGUGGAAGAAAUUGACUUGGUUUUUCGCUAGAUAAUCUUUCCUUCUCUCCAGAAAUAAUUCCCCUAUAUUUUGUUAACAAAGUUACAAAAAAGUAGCAAUAUAUAGUAACAGAACAAAAUUCUGCUCCCUAAAAUAUGAUAAAUUUAACGACAAAAUCCUGUGCGAAAAGUAGUUUAUCUACGCAGAUAAAUGUAAAGAUGAAAAUCAUUAUGUGCCUGUGUUCACUCAUCAUGAUUUUCAGUAAUUGCUCUAUCACUGCUACUGAUAUAUCAUCACUAUCAAGUUUAGAAAGCUUAAGUAAAGCGUCUGUUCACCAAAAAACUGUUUCUCCUUGUUCUGCUUGUAGAAAUCUAGUAGAGUCUUUCAUUAAAGCUGUAGGAAGUACAACAAGGAUGAGUUUUGAAGGAGGUGAUGCUGACUGGGAGAGAGAAAAACUAGGAAAUUAUGAAAACAGUGAACUUCGCUUUAUUGAAAUUCAAGAAAAGUUAUGUUCUGAUCUGAAAUCUGGAAUUGAUCAGUGUUAUAAUCUUGCUGAAUUGUAUGAAGCAGAGUUAGAAGAGUGGUUCUUCAAUGUUAAAAUUAGGGAGCACUCAGAUUUGUUUUCUUUUUUAUGCAUUAAUCACAUUAAAAUUUGCUGUCCUAAUAACACUUAUGGGCCUAAUUGUUUUCCUUGUCCCGGUGGCGCAGAGGAGCCUUGCAAUGGUCAUGGUACAUGUAAGAAUGGUGGAACUCGAGAAGAGCCUGCAGAAUGUAUUUGUGAUGCUGGCUAUAUUGGCGAUCUUUGUAAUGAAUGUAAAAUUGGUUACUAUAGUGAUGUAACAGGGUCUAAAUUAUCUUGCAAUAUGUGUGACAAAUCAUGCAGAGAUCAUUGUAGAGGACCAGGACCAAAGAAUUGUGAAGUUUGUUCAGAUGGUUACAAUUUUCUUCCUAAUGAAGGAUGCUUUGAAAUAAGUAAACUGAAUGAAGAGGCUCAACUCUCAUCUGAGAAUUCUUCAAAUGAAACUGAACAUUCAGAUUUACAGUUAAACCCAGAUGUGUUAAAUCUAAAUGGCCAACAGUCUGAUCAUCAAGAGUUAUAACUUAUUUUUAGUUUAAAUGAUUUAUUUGCAUUUGAA